AUGGCCGUCAAUGCUGGGAUCGCUGGGGCUAAUGCUGAUCAAGAACUCGACGAGAAGAAGGCCAAGGGGUUGGCAGCCAAGGCUAUGAAGAUGAAGGAGGAUAUCACCAACGAAGUCUGCCGCCGAGUCGCAAGAAUGCAAGACAGGGAGGAGAAAGCGGUUCUCAUGACGGCGAUCAAGGCUUUGAAGAACUCAGAUCCCGAGCGGUCCCUCCAUGUUCUAAGCGAGAGGCUGAAACAGUUAGCGCGGCGGAUGGAGGCUAGAGGCGAAGACUCGUCAGACGAGGAGGAGGAAGCGGAGGAGGCGAAGGAAGCGGCAGAGACGAGCAUUGAGGCGCAUGCCCAGCACGAGUCGCAGGGAGAGCAAUGGUGGAGAAGUGAAACGAGACCCGACAAGUGGAGCGAAGUUGUAGAUCACGUCCUGGCUGUCAGCUGCUCCCUGUCGUCACUGUCAAGAGGAGAGGACUCGUGGAUAGAAGAGGCUGAUAUCGUCCCCCUCCGGGAGAGCCUCCUUGGGAAGGGCAUGCGAAGUCUGAGACGGGCGGGCGUCCCCACUUUCUACAUCUGGAUGUACGACGAGCCGUGGAAGGUGAUGCUGAGGCUGUGGGAAGCAGCAGAAAAACUGAUCGGGGGCCCUUGUGUGUUGGAACCAACGUUCGCCGCCUAUCACCUGGACUACCACAAGGCUGGAGAGUCUGGGAAUCGCUACGUCGGGACCAACUUCUCCCUCCCGCACCGCGACUACACGUACAGCGACAGCUACGACUCGAGUGGUCAACCAAAAGUUGUCACGAUCUGGGUUCCAGUGUCUGACGUCACGCUGGAGAAUGGAUGCAUGUACGUCGUGCCGAAGGAGUUCGACGCAAACUUCGAUCGGGAUGACGUCAUGCAGCACAUGUGGGUUCAGUGUCACAGGACCUGCUCCUCCAACCCUCGCGCCAGCAUCGCGUGGGUCUUCAAGAGGGCUGACACGUCGCACUCCCUUGACUCCUCGCCCAUCUCUUUCGAGGAUGCUCAGCAGCUGACGUUGGAGCAAAGGAAGGGGUUGAUCGAGAGCUCUAUGGAUUACUUCAAGCACUGGUCGAGCCCUCGCACCUGA